GCAGGAAACUCUGAGUCACGGCUCAGGGUUGGGGUUGGGGGGAGGUGGAGGGGGUCGGGGGGCACCCACAGCGCUGGGACCCACGGCGGGGACACAGGGUCCAUGGAGGAGUCGGACGAGGACGGGGAGGACAAUGCGGUGUCCCUGGAGCAGCUGAUGGUGCAGACGGGACAGGCGGUGCCACAGCGAGAGCUGGAAGAGGACUAUGUCGUACUGGAGGAGUUGGGCAGUGGCAGCUAUGGGCGCGUGGUGCUGAGCCAGCCCCACCACGGCGGGACUCCAUUGGUGCUGAAGCUGCUUCCGAAGGAGCGGACGGAGCGGUGGGCGUUCCUGCGGGAAUAUUGCAUCGCCCGCUGUCUGGCUGGGCACGGCGCCUGCCUGCGGGCGCUGCCCGUCGCCUUCGAGACCACCACGCACUUCGCCUUCGGGCAGGAGGUGGCCCCGGCCGGGGACCUCUGCGCCCUCCUGCAGCCGGGGGAGGGUCUGGCGGAGGAGCUGGUGAAGCGCUGCGCGGCGCAGCUCGCCGAGGCGUUGGACUUCAUGCACAGCCGAGCCCUGGUGCAUCGCGACGUCAAACUGGACAACGUGCUGCUCUUCGACCGCGAGUGCCGGCUCGUGAAGCUCGGCGAUUUCGGCCUCACCCGCCUGCAAGGCUCACCCAUAGGACCCAUGUCCGGCACCUUACCCUACGCUGCCCCAGAGCUCUGCUCCCUCCAGGGCUCCGAAACCUUGGAGCUGGAUUCCAGCUUGGAUGUUUGGGCUUUCGCCGUCCUCCUUUAUUGCCUCGGUACCGGUUGCUUCCCUUGGGCUGCGGCAUCCAGCACUGAUUCCCAGUUCGAGGAGUUCAACUCCUGGCAGGAUGGGGUGAAGGGGGUUCCCCCAUCCUGGUACGGCUUCACCGCCGCAGCGCUGGAGAUGCUGAGGCGGUUGAUGACGCUCGAUCCCGACCGACGCAGCCCCGCCGUGGAGGUGCAGAGAUAUCUGGAUCAGCCUUGGCUGGUGGCAUCCAGCACUGGGGAGGUGGCAUCCAGCAGCUCCCAGUCUCCCCUGAGCACUGGGACCAGUGAGAGCCCGGGGAGCACUGGGGACCUGGAUGCUGCUGGUGAAGAGGAUGGGGCUCCCAUGCCGGCACCCAGCAGCUCCCAGUCUCCCCUGACCAGUGAGAGCACUGGGAGCACUGGGGACCUGGAUGCUGCUGGGGCAGGAGAUGGGGCUCCACUCAGCAGCUCCCAGUUCCCCAUGACCAGUGAGAGCACUGGGAGCACUGGGGAACUGGAUGCUGCUGGUGCAGGGGAUGGGGUUUGCAUGCCUGCAGCUCCCAGUCUCCCCUGA